AUGGAAUUAAAUCGAACUCAACGCGAACACGACUUUAAAUUGAUACGCUAUCAUGCAUUCGUUGUUGAUCGAAAGGUGAUACAAUUCGAGGAUGGUACAGAUAUAUUUACAAACGUAAUCGAUACAAGUGAUGUUGAUACAAUGGAUGGCCGAUUUAAGAAUCAAUCGAGGAUUGUGAUAAGGAUGAAAGUGUAUGCUAGCUACAUUAAUCGUACACUUAUUCACUAUGCUCUUGAAACUGUUCUGAAGAAUGGUUAUAUUAAUCGUAUCAACUGUUCCAUUGAUAUUCUUGUCUCACAACCAAAACGUUUACUUGAUAGAAUUUUUAAAGAAACUAUUCCAUUUUUGAUUGGCUUUAUUUCUGUUCAAAUGGGAAUUUUACUUGACAUCAAUGUUCUUCAAGAAAUUGUUCGUAGACCUAUUCCAGUUGUAAUCGGUUUUACUUGUCAAUAUGGUCUUAUGCCAUUGAUUGCAUUUGCUAUUUCGAAAAUAUUCCACUAUUCGCCUCUCUACGGACUUGGCAUAUUUGUUGUCGGCUGUUGUCCUGGCGGAGCCUUUUCCAAUCAAUGGACAGUCAUGUUCGAUGGUGAUCUCAAUUUGUCUGCAUUCAUGACAUUUGCCUCGAUUGUCACUUCAUUUUUCAUGAUGCCAUUAUGGUUGUAUACACUUGGUCAAUAUGCUUAUUUACGUGAACUCCGAAUUCAUAUACCGUUUAAGAAUCUUAGUAUAUCAUUGAUCACUGUUAUUGGACCACUUCUUGUAGGUAUGAUAAUUGUACAUUUCAUUCCUAAAAUAAAGAACUUAAUUCAACGUAUUAUUAAACCGAUGCUUGUUAUAAUGAUCUGUUACUUUUUUAUUUUUGGUGCAUGUGUCAAUAUUUAUCUGUUUAAAUAUAUCGAUUUGCAAACAGCUUUGACAGUGCCACUAUUGCCCUGGCUUGGUUUUAUAUUAGGUAGUGUAAUGGCUUGGAUCUGUCGACAAGAUUGGUCCCGAAUAAAAACAAUUGGGAUCGAAACAGGUAAUACAAACUUUUUAAAUUUAAGUGUUGGUGUUUUGUCUCGUAUUUAUUACUUCUAA